CUCGUUCCUCACUGGGCUCCAUUGUUGUUGAUGGAGUGCUGUACUCCGAAUACGCUCAUCCAAUUCUAGGCUCUUUUGCACAGGAUAAAUCGUAUCAAUAAUCAUCAUUACAAUUGUUCUUUCCUUCUCCUGGGCAGUUCGCGCGAGAGUCAAACAUGCGUCGACCAUCUGCCGUCCUUUAUGUGAUCUUCUCCCUGAUCGUUUGGACUGCCGCCGAUUCCUCAUCUUCUGCGCUGCCUGCUACAGCUGAUAUCCUGUACUGGCCCCUCGCAUCUCCGCAGCCGUCGAUUCUGUCUCGUGUAUCUUAUGAUCCGGCUUCCUUGAAGUCGAGCAUCCUGUCGUACACCCCUCCUCAGAAUGCUGUCGGUGCCGAACAGAGCAAGGUUGAUUACCAUACUGAUGACCUCGUUCGCAUUGGUCUUUUCACUUCUACUCCCGCCAAUCCAAGGCAAUGGGUUGGAAGUCUCACCUCACUAUCUGCAUUGACAAGUAACCGUGAUCAGAAACCCACGCUCCAACUUCACCUCGGACCUAACAACCAAAUCUACCAUGCCUCCUUAUCGUUGUCAUCUUCGAAUAAUGAUAUUACUUCCUCAACGUGGGACCUGAACUUGGAGCUCAUUUCGAAUGAGGCAGGUCCUCGUCCCUAUCUUAACAGGCCCGUUGUGGUCAGUCCCGAUGGCACAGGUACUGAAGAGGUCGCCGAGAAAACCUUCUUUCAGAAGUACUGGUGGGUCAUUCUCGUCGUUACAUUCCUGGCCACUGCUGGUGGUGGAGAAAGACAACAGUAGCUUUCUAUAUUCAUCCCCGCAAAGAAAAUAUUGUCAAUCUACGCUACGCAUGUACUGCUCCCAAGCCG